AGACACCGGUGGAGUGCAUCCAGCGGAAACUUGCUGGCGCUCAAUAGAACGUGGAGCUGUUCCCGACCGCUCUGAUUCGUUCCUAAAAUCUACGUGAAGAUGGCGUACCGAUACAACACCUUCGAAGAUCCUCACGGUACUCUACCCGAUGCGGUCAUGAAGUGCGAAUGGCCGUCUGAGACCAGAAAGAAUCCGCACAGACACAACAAGUCCACGACGAGACCACCGAUAUGCGAUACGAUUCUCGACGUCGUUGGACAAACGCCUCUGGUCCGUCUGAAUAAAAUUCCAGAGGCAGAGGGCAUCGAGUGCGAGAUGUUGGUCAAAUGUGAGUUCUUCAACCCGGGUGGCAGUGUCAAAGAUCGGAUCGCGUUGAGAAUGGUCGAGGAAGCCGAAAAAGACGGCGUGCUCAAACCGGGCUCCACGAUCAUCGAGCCAACGUCUGGCAACACCGGGAUCGGUUUGGCGCUCGCUGCCGCAGUGAAGGGCUACAAAUGUAUAAUUGUCAUCCCGGAAAAAAUGAGCAAUGAGAAAAUCGAUGUUUUGAGAGGACUCGGUGCUCGAAUCAUCCGAUCCCGCACCAGCGCCGGAUUCACCGAUCCGGACUCUCACGUCGGGAUCGCCAUGAAGUUGUGCAAGGAAAUCCCCGGUGCCGUGAUCCUGGAUCAGUACCGGAAUCCUUACAAUCCGAUCGCGCAUUUCGACACAACGGCCGAGGAAAUUCUGCAGCAAUGUGAUGGAAAAUUGGACAUGGUCGUCGUUUCCGCGGGGACCGGCGGAACUUUCACCGGGAUUGCCAAGAAGUUCAGGGAAAAACUACCGUCUUGUAAAAUCGUGGCACUCGAUCCCCAUGGCUCGAUCCUCGCCGAUUCGUACGAAAAAAGCAGACCGGGCGUGGAUUUCUACGAGGUCGAAGGUAUCGGAUACGAUUUCAUCCCUUCGGUACUCGAUGUCAAUCUGGCCGACUCGUGGCUGCGAACGGACGAUACAGAGAGCUUCGAGAUGGCUCGCCGUCUCAUCAGAGACGAAGGACUGCUAUGUGGAGGAAGUUCCGGUGCUGCGCUAGCGGGUGCCCUCAGGGCGGCGAAGACUCUGAACAAAAGUCAACGCUGCGUUGUUGUCCUCCCCGACGGUGUUCGGAACUACAUGACCAAGUUUCUGUCGAGCGAGUGGAUGGUUGAGAGGAACUUCGCCAAACGGGAGUUUUCCGAACCGGCGUCAAAACCUUCGUGGUACGACAAACCUCUGAGGUCUUUCCCGAUUCAACCCGCGGUCGUCUUGCCGCCAGGAGCGACCUUCGCGCACGCGAAGAUGGAAUUCUCCAACAAGCCACACGUGUCCUGCAUCUUGGUCGACGACGGUCGGUACAAAACCUCCUACGGAUACAUUUCCAAGACCGACGUCCUCAAGGCCAUGACGAGCAUUGAAGGUACCAAGAAGAAAAUCGAAGGGCCUUCCCGCGUGCCGGUCCUACCAAUCGACGAGGGAACACUCGGACAACUGUAUGACAUUAUCCUUCAGGCUCCGGCUUGCGUUAUCGUCGACGCUAAUCGAGAGGUUGAAGGUCUCGCGGACAGUUCUAUGUUCCUGAGCUUCAUCGAAGCCAUCGAGUGAGUGAGCAGAGCGGCUCGUGAUCAUAUAAGAUAUCGCUCAUCAAUAGGUUCCUAAGAUCGACGCAAAUAAAUUCGAAGCUGACCAGGGGCA